AUGGCCCCUGAGGCUCCAGACCCCGAGAGCCUAAAGUCAUGGCACGAUGCUUUCCAGUACCCAAUACCUACGGUUCGCCGUGUGGAGCAGGAACUGCGGCGGGACAUUGCAAGCAAUAAGGAGAAGCUCCGAGCUCUCGUGGGGACGCGAUACCGAGAGCUUGUUGGAACGGCCGAGACAAUUGUGGAGAUGAACAAGGAGAUACAAGUGGUGGAGGCUACGUUGACGGACGUUGGACGGCGAUGCAACCCGCGACUGGUAGAGAAAAAGCACCUUCAUGCGCGGCAGAUGAAAAGCGAUACUACAAAGAACGAUGCUGAUAAGCAUGCCUUCGGAGCACAGCUUGCGCUCCUCCAUCGCUGCACAACUUCUAUUACGCGGCUAUUGCGCAAGCGAGCUUCACUGUUGCUUGUUGCUAAGAUUCUCGUUGUUUCUCGGCUCCUGCACAAGACUCUCUCGCAACACCCAUCGACGCCACCGUUCCUGGACGAUCUGCGCAACCAAUUGGCCUCUCUACGCCGAACACUUCUGAAGCGAAUUGACAAAAAAUUGGCAUCGGCAAAUGGCACGGAGGAUAUCAUCAUCGAGUCUUUGGCUGCAUUCUGCCUUGCGACAAGUUCUUCUUCCGACGAUGCCAUCCACCAUUUGCACCAAGUCCGUCUGGAUGUUAUUACUAGUCAGUUGGAUUCAGGUCGUGAAAAUAUCCCGAAGGCCCUUAGAUUAUUCAUCCGCACACUACAGACCUCCAAGGUCCUUCGAGCUCGUCAAUUUGCCGAUGUUCUUUCGAAGCUUAAGGCAAGACCUAUUCUCUCCGACCCAGAAAUUCGCAAUCUGGACGGACUUGAGAUCGAGGUACUUGGUCGUUGGGCGGUCCCAGAAGUCAAUAACUUCACCCCCUGGAUCAAGUUGAGCGAACUCAACCGGUCUGAAGGAGUCCAGUCCAUCAAGGAAUGGUCUCUACAGGCAUUCGAGAAGUUCGCAGAGGGCAGUCAAAGGUCUCUUGCCCAUAGUAAUGACUUCCAUGAUCUCCUCUCUUUGCGGGCUGAUACCAUCGAAUUAUGGCUGUCAUCUUGGGGCUCAACCAUCACACAUCGAUCUGUAGAUGUUUUCGAACGCCUUCGAAACAUCUUCAAUGAACAUCUGAAACGAGUUCUAGCCACCCAGGUCCAAACAGUUGAUGACAUCGCGAACCAGAUUUCCUCUUCCAUUUCAAUAUGGGAAUCGUCUGAACAUGUUUCAACUGGCUCUCUCUGGGACUCGGACCUCAUUAUUGCGGACUUCUCGAACGGGGCUGCCGUCUUCAAACAGACUGUGGCAGAUCGCCUCCUUGGACGGGAUGACGAUGUGUCUUCUGUAUUGAAGAAGUACCAGGCCUGGCUCGCCUCUAUCCAGGAAUUGAACGAAUCUAUUGAGGCUCUCCGUCGCCUUAAAUGGACCGACAUCCUCGUAAGCGGCGAAGUAGAGGACGAAGACAUCGACGUCGCACCCCGACUCAAUCACGAAGAUCCUCGGAUACUCUCGGAUUCCCUCCAUGCAGCUGUUCGGCAGGCGUUUGAAGCCCUUCAAACAUCCUUCAGCGACAGCUUCAAGGCUUUCGGGUCCUCGCAUCUGAACGAAAAGGCCAGAUUUUUGCUCCGACUCGUCAGGCUUGUCCGUCGGGAGAUCCCCGCCGGUUUCGUUGCAGAAGACUUAUUCUCAGGCAAUCUUGUUCCUGAGCUGCAGUCUCUGCUCGCCGCGGGUCUCGUGGCUCACACAGGCUCCCUGGCAUUUGUGCCUGCAUCCAACACGAAUCCCGAGACAAAUCAGUUCAAGACCGUGCCUAGCCGGUCCCUCUGGGAGGGUGAACCAUCUGCACCUGUACAACCGUCGCCGAGUACCUUCAAGUUCCUACGUCGCUUGACUGGGGCUAUGGAUGAGAGUGGGCCGGACCUGUGGGACCCAUCGACCGUGCAAGUCUUGAAGGACGCACUGAAGCAGCAAUUGCAGGGCUCUCUCACUUCCACCCUUCAAGACCUAGAAAGUUGGAAGAUUCUAGGCAAGGAUGCCCCCAAAUCCGAUAUCGAGGACGACAAGUCUACCGAGAACCCUGAACACAGAGAAAAUGGAAUCAAUGCUGUGACCGAAAGCACGGAAACGGAGUCCGAGAAGCCAUACGACAAUUCCCAGACCGAGGUCUUGCGGGACUGGAAAUUACAGCUGUACUUCGACGCCCUCUACCUGGCAAACAUGCUAGGUGACCCGACUCAGCUGGCUGAUGUCGUGGAGCGUAUUCAGAAGAGCGCAGACCCCAGCGUUGAGACUGUGAAGGCCACCCGCAAGCUCGCUCAGAAAUAUUGGAAGCAGACAGAGCUGCUCUUCGGCCUGCUGGCAGAGCGGUAA